GCGGCGGUGGUGCUGCCCCUCGGGUGCCCCCCCCCGCCCCCCUUCCCCCGAGAAUGACGCCGCGCGUGCCCGGGCCCGGCGGCGCCGAGAGACGGAGAGGGAAAGCGGGAAGCCGGGCGGGAAAGUCCUCGCGGAGGGAGGCGAUUAUAAAGAUGCGGCCCCCGGGCGUCCUCCCAGCCUCGCCCGCCGCCCGCCGCCCAGCAUGCGCCCCGCGUCCGCUCUGCUCCUCGUGGCCGCCCUCGCGCUCCUGGACCACACCAGCCAGGCCAGGAGCCUGUCCGCGCCCGCAACCCACGCGGGGGGGGCCCACGCGUGCCUCGGCAGCUCCCAGAACCUGCUGCGGGCCGUCGGUCGCGCGCUGCAGAAGGCCAGACAGACCCUGGAACAUUACUCUUGCACUGCGGAAAAGAUUGGCCAUGUAGAUAUCACAAAAGACAGAACAAGCACGGUGGAGGCCUGCGUGCCCCUGGAGCUGGCCAAGAACAAGAGCUGCCUGGUUUCUAGAGAAACGUCUGUCCUGACUACGGGGAGUUGCCUAGCCUCUACAGAGCCUUCUCCAGAGCCGAUGAUGACCCUGUGCCUCAGCAGUAUCUACGAGGACUUGAAAAUGUACCAGGGGGAGUUCAAGGCCAUGAAUGCAAUACUAUUGAUGGAUCCCACAAGUGAGAUCACUCUAGAUAAAGACAUGCUAACAGCUAUUGAUGCCCUGAUGCAGGCUCUGAAUUCCAAGAGCGAGACGGUGCCACACCAACCUUCCUCUGAAGAGCCAGAUUUGUACAGGAUAAGAAUGCAGCUCUGCAUCCUUCUCCAUGCCUUUAGAGUCCGUGCAGUUACUAUCGACAGAGUGAUGAGCUACCUGAGCUCUUCCUGAGAGGACGGGCCCUCCCUGCAGUGUCUGGUAGAGCUAUAAUUGAUGAGCUAUUCUGUACCAAAGUAUUCAUGGAAACAGACACUCCCUCUUAUUUAUCAGUAUUUAUUUAUUUUAUUCAGGAAAAUGUUAACUAAUUUAUAUUUAUUUAUAUUCUAUUUAUUAUAAUGUAUUUAUAAAAUGCUGGAAAACAUACCUUGUAAAUGUUGUUCUAGUAA